UCUCUCUCCCUCUGUGAUCAGUGGGUGAGAGGGGGGAGACGAGCUAUCACACUGCAGCGGAUACACCGUGCGUCUCCGGUAAAUUACGCUUCCCUCCCCAUUCAUACACUCACACACACACACACACACACACACACACACACACACACACACAAUGCACACACAUUUCUGAUACACACACAUUAACCACAUCACGCAUGCUUUUUUUUUUUACAUAUCAACCUCUUGGAACAGACACACUGCCCAUGAUCACCACCACCUCUACCAUCAUCACUGUUUUUUGUUUAUUUUUUUUCUUAUUGUGCAAACAGAGUCACCGUCUCGUUGGCUCAUCUCUCUGUUUUCUCCACCUCUCCGCUCCCUGCUGGAUCCCUUCUGGGGGAGGAGGUGGGGGGUAAUAACACGACACCAUUGAGUAAUUCUGCGGCCGUAGCGUUCUGCUUCAUUUCUCGGCUGUUCUGAAUGACGGGCGGAAGGUUCGACUUCGACGAUGGAGGAACAUACUGCGGAGGGUGGGAGGACGGCAAAGCCCACGGACAUGGCAUCUGUACGGGGCCAAAGGGCCAGGGCGAGUACGCCGGCUCCUGGUCGCACGGCUUUGAGAUAGUGGGGGUGUACACCUGGCCCAGCGGGAAUACGUACCACGGCUACUGGUCCCAGGGGAAGCGGCAUGGGCUGGGGGUCGAAACCAAAGGGAAGUGGACUUACCGCGGCGAGUGGAGCCACGGCUUCAAGGGUCGCUAUGGACUGCGACAGAGUCACAAUACACCUGCCCGCUACGAUGGGACGUGGAGUAAUGGCCUACAGGACGGGUAUGGGAUUGAGACCUAUGGCGACGGUGGUACCUACCAGGGCCAGUGGAUGGGCGGGAUGCGGCACGGUUACGGCGUGCGCCAGAGUGUUCCCUACGGCAUGGCAACGGUGAUCCGCUCUCCGCUCCGUACUUCUCUGGCAUCCCUACGCUCCGAGCAGAGCAACGGCACCGUGCUCCAGGACCUCUCGGGUGACACGCCCACCGGCGGCCGCGGCGGGUUCGUCCUCAACUUCCACUCGGACAGCGAGGUGGUCACCGGGAAGAAGAAGGGUCUGUUCCGCCGCGGCUCGCUGUUCGGGAGCCUCCGCCGGCUCCACAAGUCCGAAUCGAAGUCGUCCAUCUCCAGCAAGAGGAGCGCCGCUAUGAGCCGCAUCAGCUCCUCCGACGCAGACGCCAACUCCACCGUCUCCCUGGGCGACGGAGAGCUGCCGGAAGAGGACCUGCUAUUGGAGGAUCACGUGGACGCCACCACCACCGAGACGUACAUGGGGGAGUGGAAGAACGACAAGCGCAACGGGUUCGGCGUCAGCGAACGUUCCAACGGGAUGAAGUACGAGGGGGAGUGGCUGAACAACAAGCGCCACGGUUACGGGUGCACCACCUUCCCCGAGGGCAACAAGGAAGAAGGGAAGUACAAGAAUAACGUGCUGGUGCGUGGAAUAAGGAAGCAGUUGAUCCCGCUAAAGAACCCCAAAACCAAAGAGAAGGUGGACCGGGCCGUGGAGGGGGCGCAGAGGGCAGGCGCCAUCUCCAGGACGAAAGUGGAAAUAGCAGCUUCAAGGACGGCUCAUGCCAGGACGAAGGGAGAGGCCGCGGACCAGGCAGCUCUCUCUGCCAGACAGGAUUGUGACAUCGCUAGGGCCGUCGCUAGGGAGCUGUCCCCAAACUUCCACCAACCAGGUCCUGACUAUAUCAAGCAGGCGUUCAUGGAGCCAGUGGAGAUCCCCAAGGAUCCUCCUGAAGAGGAAGAGAAAGAUCCCACCAGCCCCGCCCAGACCCACGGGCCCACCCCUCCACCCUCGCCCCACAGCAAGAAGAGACAGCACAGCAACAGCGUCUCCACCUCCGCCUCACGCAAGACCAGCAAAGACGAAUCAUCACACAGCCGCAAGGUCAGCAAAGACGAAUCAUCACACGGCCGCAAGGUCAGCAAAGAGGAGAAGCCGGGCCGUAAGAGCAGCAAAGAGGAGCGGCCGAGCAGGAAGCCGAGUAAAGAGGAGAGGGUGCCCAUCGCUGCCGAGCGGCCCACAGCUGCUGCUCCCUCUUCCCAGGUAAUAUACCAGGAGGCUCCAGCUCCAGCCGAACCCCCCAAGGCCCCGGAGCCUAGCCCCACCAACGCACCACCUCCCCAGGCUGCUGCCCCACAGACGGUGGUGGGUCCUGGUAAUGGAAUGGGUCAGCUCCACUCUCAGUACCAUAGCUACUACGUCAAAGCCCCCUCCAGGGGGCCCCUGCCCCCGGAUCCUGAGCCCGAGGAGGACGAGGAGCCCAGUCAGCUGACCCUGGCCAGGAUGGCCCCGCCGCCCCCCAAGACGUUCCGGAAUUUCACCCCCAAGCCGACGCCCACCAGCGAGCAGAGCAAACUCAGGAAGCAGGAUUCGCUGAAACCAAAGAGCCUGGCAGAGACCAGUAUGGAGAUGGCUGAGGGGCAGGACAAAGAUAAUACUCCUAACUCUAUCCUGGUUGCUAUGGUGAUGCUUUUGAAUAUCGGCCUAGCCAUCAUAUUCGUCCACUUCCUGACAUGAUGGUCCUGUGUCUCAGUGAUGCCAUGGCAACUGGUGCAGUUGCGUCUCCAGCCUUUUAAAAAAAUCAAAAUGGUGCCAGUCAGACUCGGAAGCGGCCGGAGGAGCUUGGGAAUCAGCUUUGUGACACAGGAGAGAAACAGGAGAGGCCGGAGAGAAGGACCCGCAGCCUGUCCUGGGCCGUCCGCAGCCCCCGCCUGAUCAUAAUACUCUCCUCUGGGUCCUGUUAAAGAACAAAAUGACGCGUCUGAGGGAGAUAGUAAAAACAAGGAAAACGUAAACACACACACACAGGAAAACAUGAAGUCAUUGAAACACACACGUCUGCUGACCCAAGCAGUGACCACUCCUUCUGUCAAAAUCAAAUCACAUUUUAUUGGUCGCAUGCACGCAUUAGCAGAUGUUAUUGCGGGUGUAGCGAAAUGCUUGUCCUGUCCUUCUGUCCUGUCCUGGCAGGGACACAGAGGGACUGACUGACUGACUUUAACUGGGCCAGUGUGGAGAUGCACUUUCAGAUGACAGGAGCUAACAGCUGCCUUACUGUUUUACCCUCUGACGUCUUCAUGGGGAGAUGUGAGCACGGCGAGGCCAGAGGACUGAGAGAGGUGGGCGUUCCAACGGUCCCACAUUCUGAGUUCUGAGGUUCCAGUGUUCUGAGGCUCUUAACCAACCCCUUUGCUGCAGGAAAGCGGAUGCACCGGAUGUUAGCCGUCAGUGCUAGCGCGGUCAACACCGCCAGUCUUACUCUGUUAACCAAUCACCAUCCCAUCGCAGCUUCCUUUAACUCCUCCCACCUUUACCCAGGAGACCCUGCUUUGACACCCCGCGUGCAUGUUUUUGUUGUAGCUUUAGUUUGGGUUUCUGUAUGUUGGUUACCUGCAGUCAUGGACGUGUAGUUAAAAGAAAAAGGAAAACUAAUACUGAGAUUCCUUUUUAUGUUGGUAUCCAUAACGAUUUCAUUUAAUCAUAAUGAGAAAAUUCUAUCCUAAUUUUAUUAAAUGUGCAAUAUUAUUAUUUAUUUUUAAAAUAAAGAAUAUAUAUUUUGCCAACAACGGGUCUAGUCUAUUGAGCAUUGUAACUGUUAUAAAAACCAGUUUAUUUUAUUUAUCAUACGACAGGAAA